UUAAAAAUAUAUAGUUAAUUAAUGAGAUUUACAACAUGUUUAAAGCAUGAUACAUCACAAACCUUAAUUUCAGCAAUGAAAGAGCAACAAGAACAAGAGGAGACAAAUGUGGAAACAAGACAGAUUUGGAUACAAAAUCACGACGAUACGAAACAUAUAUGAUCCUCAUAAUACAAUUUAAGCACCAAAUCCAAAUCUGGGGAAUUUUCCAUUAAUACAAAAGAUAACAUCAUUAUCUGCAAAUUCUUCUCCUUUUUACCAACACAACACAUAUGAAGAAUACCACACAUCAUCAUUAUUAUAGUAACAAUUAUAUGUCGUUGUUACAAUGUACCAUUCAACACGAUCAUCAAUCAACGACGUUUUAACCUCUCAGUAUAGGGUAUCUUCAAAGUUUCACAUUUCUGAAGAGAUUCGUUUACGCUUCAUAUUCUUCUUAGAGAUUCAUAGCUUUCAUUUAUGUUUUUUGUUAUCUGUACCCACCCAACAUCUUUUAACGUCAUUGGUGGCUUUGUUUCAUAACAAUACAAGAAAAAGUUUUGUUUUUGUGGUGAACUCUGUUGAUAAACGGUGAUGGGUCGUUGUCCAUGUUUUGGGUCUAGAAAGAAGAGAAAAGGGAAGAAUCUCAAUGAUGAAGAAGAGGAAAGGGAUGUUGAGAAGAGUCUUAAAUCUGUUGGGACUGUCUCUGUCUCUGGAAGAUCAUCAGAACAGAGACCAGAAGCUACUCCAGAAGAGGUUCCUGAUAGUUCUGGUAAGGCUCGAAUAUUUACCUUCAGAGAGCUUGCAACGGCGACAAAAAAUUUUAGGGACGAAACCUUUAUCGGGCAAGGAGGAUUUGGAACUGUUUACAAAGGAAAGAUAGAUAAAAUUAGUCAGUUUGUAGCUGUUAAAAGACUUGAUACAACUGGUGUCCAAGGGGAGAAAGAAUUUCUAGUAGAAGUUCUCAUGCUCUCUCUUCUACACCAUCCCAAUCUCGUUAAUAUGAUCGGUUAUUGCGCUGAAGGAGACCAACGACUUCUUGUGUACGAAUACAUGCCUUUGGGAUCCUUAGAAUCUCAUCUCCAUGAUCUUCCGCCUGAUAAAGAACCACUUGAUUGGAAUACCAGAAUGAUGAUAGCUUCUGGGGCUGCAAGAGGACUAAAUUAUCUGCACCAUGAAGCGAAGCCUUCAGUUAUAUACAGAGAUUUGAAAACAUCCAACAUACUAUUGGAUGAAGAAUACUAUCCAAAGCUUUCUGAUUUUGGGCUUGCGAAAUUUGGUCCGACCGGAGACCAAUCAUAUGUUGCUACUAGAGUGAUGGGAACACAUGGUUAUUGUGCGCCUGAGUAUGCAACUACCGGAAAAUUAACAAUGAGAUCUGACAUAUACAGUUUUGGAGUUGUGUUAUUGGAGUUGAUUACUGGACGUAGAGCAUAUGAUGAUAACCGCGGCCAUGAAAAGCAUCUUGUUGAUUGGGCACGCCCAAUGUUUAGAGACAAAAGGAAUAUUUCGAGAUUAGUAGAUCAACGUUUGCAAGGUAACUACCCUGUAUCUGGUCUAAGGAUGGCCGUCGAGUUAGCAUGUAUGUGUCUUCGAGAAGAGCCACGUCUCCGGCCUGAUGCAGGCGAUAUAAUACUAGCAUUUGAUUACUUGACAUCCAAGCAAUAUGUUUCAAAAGUAUCUGAAAUAGUUAACGUGGUAGGGAUGGAGAACGAUGAAUCCCUGAAAGAAACAUCUGUGAUUUUGACUAAAGACUCUCUAAGAGAGCAAGCUGUUGCAGAGGCUAAGCAAUGGGGGGAGACAUGGAGAGAUAAGAGAAGACAAUGCGGUCAAAAUAGUCCUGAUGAAAUAAGGAGGUAAAAACUUUCUAUUCUCUUGUAUACAUACAUCGUGAUACUGAAGCAGAUUCAACAUAAAAGUCCAGGGAGGAUGAAGAAAAUAAUUUCUUUGAUGCAGAUUAGAAAAAAGUGAAGAAACUUCAAGAUUUUGUUGUAGCUAAAUAAAAUUUGUUGGCUAGCUAUUUUUGAAGAAGUGUUGUUUAGGCAUUUGUGAACAUUAGGCUCAACUUUACAUGUGUUUAACAUAAGUUUUUUUUGGUAUUUAUUUAUGGUUGGUGCAUUAAAAUA